AGAUUGGCGUCGCGCACUGCCCGAGGUGGAAGGUCAGGGGAGGGACCAAGUCUUUCUCCCGUCCUGGAGCGAGAUCUGGACUGCGCUGGGCGCCCGCAACCCUGGUCCAGUCCUCAGCCAUCGCGGCCGCCGCCCAGUCCGCUGUUCCACCGCCAGGUGCAAAAUGCCAUGUCAUUGGGAGAGUCUGCGGCCGGAGCAUUGAAUUACAGCUUAGCCAAGCUCGCGCAGGGCGGCGCGGGUGGAAGAUGAGCAGAAGCCCCUGUUCUCGGAGCUCCCGCUGACAAGCCGGCUAAGCGUAGCCCAGGGAGCGGACCGAGUGGAGGCCACUGGAGCAGCCCGGGACUGGCCUGUUUUUUCUCCUUCAAGAGCCGUUGCUUUGAGCUAGGAGUCAGUGAUCCGAGCCAGCCUUCCUCCACCAGCCCUCUCCUGUGAGGGGACUCACGAGCUGCGCCUCGGCAAUCCCCAACCUUCCCCAGCCCUCUCCGCGCCCUGGGUGCGCGGGAUCCUGACUCCCAUCAGUCAUGCUGAGGGUCUUCAUCCUCUACGCGGAGAACGUCCACACCCCUGACACCGAUAUCAGCGAUGCCUACUGCUCCGCGGUGUUUGCAGGUGUGAAGAAGAGAACCAAAGUCAUCAAGAACAAUGUGAACCCUGUGUGGAAUGAGGGAUUCGAGUGGGACCUCAAGGGUAUCCCCCUGGACCAGGGCUCCGAGCUUCUUGUGGUGGUCAAAGAUCAUGAGACAAUGGGGAGGAACAGGUUCCUGGGGGAAGCCAACAUCCCCCUCCGGGAAGUCCUUGCCACCCCCAGCCUGUCUGCCAGCUUCAAUGCCCCACUGCUGGACACCAAGAAGCAGCCCACAGGGGCCUCGCUGGUCCUGCAGGUGUCCUACACGCCGCUGCCUGGAGCCAUGCCCACCUUCCCACCGUUAACACCUCUGGAACCCUCCCCGACUCUGCCUGACAUGGAUAUGGUGGCUGGUGGGGGCCAGAGCCAGGCCGAGACCUGGUCCCUGCUCAGUGACAGCACCGUGGACACGAGACACUCUGGAAGGAAGUGGCUGGCCCCCACGGACACAGGAGGAGAGGAGGACACUGAGGACCAGGGGCUCACAGGAGACGAGGCCGAGCCAUUCCUGGACCAGAGCGGGGCUCCGGGCCCGGGGGCCCCCAGCACCCCGAAGAAACCACCUUCACAUCCUCCCCCCUACCACCCCGGGGGGAGAAGGAAGAGAAGCGCGCCUGCACCCAGAAAGCUGCUGUCGGACAAGCCGCAGGACUUCCAGAUCAGGGUCCAGGUGAUCGAGGGACGCCAGCUGCCAGGGGUGAACAUCAAGCCUGUGGUCAAGGUCACCGCCGCUGGGCAGACCAAGCGGACACGGAUCCACAAAGGAAACAGCCCCUUCUUCAAUGAGACUCUCUUCUUCAAUGUAUUUGACUCUCCUGCGGAGCUGUUCAAUGAGCCCAUCUUCAUCACGGUGGUGGACUCCCGUUCCCUCAGAACAGAUGCUCUCAUCGGGGAGUUCCGGCUGGACGUGGGCAGCAUCUACCAAGAGCCCCGACAUGCCUACCUCAGGAAGUGGCUGCUGCUCUCAGAUCCUGACGAUUUCUCUGCUGGGGCCAGAGGCUACCUGAAAGCGAGUCUCUGUGUGCUGGGGCCUGGAGACGAAGCCCCCCUGGAGAGAAAAGACCCUUCUGAGGACAAGGAGGACAUCGAAAGCAACCUGCUUAGGCCGAUCGGCGUGACCCUCCGCGGAGCGCACUUCUGUCUGAAGGUCUUCAGGGCCGAAGACUUGCCACAGAUGGACGAUGCCGUGAUGGACAACGUGAAGCAGAUCUUUGGCUUUGACAGUAACAAGAAGAACUUGGUGGAUCCCUUCGUGGAAGUCAACUUUGCAGGGAAAAUGCUCUGCAGCAAGAUCCUGGAGAAGACGGCCAAUCCUCAGUGGAACCAGAGCAUCACACUGCCCGCCAUGUUUCCAUCCAUGUGUGAGAAAAUGAGGAUUCGUGUCGUAGACUGGGACCGCCUCACUCACAACGAUAUUGUGGCCACCACCUACCUGAGUAUGUCGAAGAUCUCUGCCUCUGGAGGCGAGAUAGAAGAAUUAUCCAUCAGCCUCUCCUCCCAGAAAAGAGAGGAGCCUGCAGGUGUGGUCAAGCUUUCUCCAGCCACAGAACUGGACGACCAUCUAGGCUUCCUCCCCACCUUCGGGCCCUGCUACAUCAACCUCUAUGGCAGCCCCAGGGAGUUCACUGGCUUCCCGGAUCCCUAUGCAGAGCUCAACACGGGCAAGGGAGAAGGCGUGGCCUACCGAGGCCGGCUCCUGCUCUCCCUGGAGACCAAGCUGGUGGAGCGCAGUGAACAGAAAGUGGAGGCUCUCUCUGCCGAUGACAUCCUUCGGGUAGAGAAGUACCUCCGGAGGCGCAAGUACUCGCUCUUUGCUGCCUUCUACUCGGCCACCAUGCUGCAGGACGUCGAUGACGCCGUCCAGUUCGAGGUCAGCAUUGGGAACUAUGGCAACAAGUUCGACACCACCUGCCUGCCGCUGGCCUCCACCACCCAGUACAGCCGGGCGGUCUUUGAUGGAUGCCACUAUUACUACUUACCCUGGGGCAAUGUGAAGCCCGUGGUGGUGCUGUCAUCUUACUGGGAGGACAUCAGCCACAGAGUCGAGGCUCAGAACCAGCUUCUCAGAAUUGCCGACCAGCUGGAAGCUGGCCUGGAGCAAGUCCACUUGGCCCUGAAGGCCCAGUGCUCCGACGAGGACGUGGACUCCCUGGUGGCUCAGCUGAUGGAUGAGCUCAUUGCAGGCUGCAGCCAACCCCUGGGUGAUGUCCAGGAGAUGCCCUCUGCCACCCACCUGGACCAGUACCUGUACCAGCUGCGUACCCGCCACCUGAGCCAGAUCACCGAGGCGGCCCAGGCCCUGAAGCUCGGCCACAGUGAGCUCCCUGCCGCCCUGGAGCAGGCCGAGGACUGGCUCCUGCGGCUCCGUGCCCUGGCUGACGAGCCCCAGAACAGCCUUCCUGACGUCGUCAUCUGGAUGCUGCAGGGGGACAAGCGGGUGGCCUACCAGCGGGUGCCUGCCCACGAGGUCCUCUUCUCCCGUCGCGGCUCCAGCUACUGUGGCAAGAACUGUGGAAAGCUGCAGACGAUAUUUCUGAAAUAUCCGAUGGAAGGGGUGCCCGGAGCCCGGAUGCCUGUGCAGAUUCGGGUCAGGCUCUGGUUUGGACUCUCUGUGGAUGAAAAGGAGUUCAACCAGUUUGCUGAGGGCAAGCUCUCCGUCUUCGCUGAAACCUAUGAGAACCAGACCAAGCUGGCCCUGGUUGGGAACUGGGGCACAACUGGCCUCACCUACCCCAAGUUUUCUGACAUCACGGGCAGGAUCAAGCUACCCAAGGACAGCUUCCGCCCCUCAGCCGGCUGGGCCUGGGCUGGAGACUGGUUCGUGUGUCCAGAGAAGACACUGCUUCACGACACUGACGCUGGCCACCUGAGCUUCGUGGAGGAGGUCUUUGAGAACCAGACCCGGCUCCCCGGAGGCCAGUGGAUCUACAUGAGUGACAACUACACGGACGUGAACGGGGAGAAGGUGCUCCCCAAGGAUGACAUCGAGUGCCCCCUGGGCUGGAAGUGGGAAGAUGAAGAGUGGUCCACGGACCUGAAUCGGGCCGUUGAUGAGCAAGGCUGGGAGUACAGCAUCACCAUCCCGCCGGACCGGAAGCCGAGGCACUGGGUCCCUGCCGAGAAGAUGUACUACACACACCGGCGGCGGCGCUGGGUCCGUCUGCGCAGGAGGGACCUCAGCCAGAUGGAGGCCUUGAAGCGGCACAGGCAGGCGGAGGCGGAGGGCGAGGGCUGGGAGUAUGCCUCGCUCUUUGGCUGGAAGUUCCAUCUGGAGUACCGCAAGACGGAUGCCUUUCGCCGCCGCCGCUGGCGCCGCCGCAUGGAGCCCCUGGAGAAGACGGGGCCUGCGGCUGUGUUUGCCCUUGAGGGGGCUCUGGGUGGCGUGGUGGAUGACAGGAGUGAAGAUUCCGUGUCCGUCUCCACCUUGAGUUUUGGUGUGAACAGACCCACGAUUUCCUGCAUCUUUGACUAUGGGAACCGCUACCAUCUACGCUGCUACAUGUACCAGGCCCGGGAUCUGCCUGCAAUGGACAAGGACUCUUUUUCCGAUCCCUAUGCAGUCGUCUCCUUCCUGCACCAGAGCCAGAAGACGGUGGUGGCUAAGAACACCCUGAACCCCACCUGGGACCAGACGCUCAUCUUCUACGAGAUCGAGAUCUUCGGCGAGCCGAGCAGCAUUGCCGAGCAGCCGCCCAGCAUUGUGGUGGAGUUGUAUGACCACGACACCUAUGGUGUAGAUGAGUUCAUGGGACGCUGCAUCUGCCAGCCGAGCCUGGAACGGAUGCCCCGGCUGGCCUGGUUCCCACUGACGAGGGGCAGCCAGCCCGCCGGUGAGCUGCUGGCCUCUUUUGAGCUCAUCCAGAGAGAGAAGCCGGCCAUCCACCAUAUUCCUGGUUUUGAGGUACAGGACACAACAGGGAUCCUGGAAGAGCUGUGUGCACCUGCCUUCUUCCUCCAGGGCCUCCUGCCAACGUCAGAGGACACGGACCUGCCCUACCCGCCACCCCAGAGGGAGGCCAACAUCUACAUGGUCCCCCAGAACAUCAAGCCGGUUCUCCAGCGCACCGCCAUCGAGGUCCUGGCGUGGGGUCUUCGGAACAUGAAGAGCUACCAGCUGGCCAGCGUGUCCUCCCCGAGCCUGGUGGUGGAGUGCGGGGGCCAGUCUGUGCAAUCCUGUGUCAUAAAAAACCUCCGGAAGAACCCCAACUUCGACAUCUGCACCCUCUUCAUGGAAGUGAUGCUGCCCAGGGAGGAGCUGUACUGUCCCCCCAUCGUGGUCAAGGUCAUUGAUAACCGGCAGUUUGGCCGCCGGCCCGUGGUGGGCCAGUGUACCAUCCGCUGCCUGGAGAGCUUCCUGUGUGAUCCUUACUCAGAGGAGAGUCCGUCCCCACAGGGCGGCCCAGAUGACGUGAGCUUACUCAGUCCUGGGGAAGAUGUGCUGAUCGACAUUGAUGACAAGGAGCCCCUCAUCCCCACCCAGUUUGCAGAUGGUCUGUCGGGCUUGGCCCCCACUAACAUGGCAUCUUCUCCAUCCAGUCUUCAUGAGGAGGAGUUCAUUGAUUGGUGGAGCAAAUUCUUUGCUUCCAUUGGGGAGAGCGAAAAGUGUGGGUCCUACCUAGAGAAGGACUUUGACACUCUAAAGGUCUAUGACACACCCCUGGAGAACGUGAAGGCCUUUGAGGGCCUGUCUGACUUUUGUAAUACCUUCAAGCUCUACCGGGGCAAGACUCAGGAGGAGACUGAAGACCCAUCAGUCAUUGGGGAGUUUAAGGGACUCUUCAAAAUUUAUCCUCUCCCAGAAGACCCAGCCAUCCCCUUGCCCCCGAGGCAGUUCCACCAGCUGGCUUCCCAGGGGCCCCAGGAAUGCCUGGUCCGUGUCUACAUUAUCCGAGCAUUUGGCCUGCAGCCCAAGGAUCCCAAUGGGAAGUGUGAUCCUUACAUCAAGAUCUCCAUAGGGAAGAAAUCGGUGAGUGACCAGGACAACUAUAUCCCUUGUACUCUGGAGCCUGUAUUUGGAAAGAUGUUCGAGCUGACCUGCACUCUGCCUCUGGAGAAGGACCUGAAGGUCACCCUCUAUGACUAUGACCUCCUCUCCAAGGAUGAAAAGAUUGGGGAGACGGUCAUUGACCUGGAGAACAGGUUGCUGUCCAAGUUCGGGGCCCGCUGUGGACUCCCCCAGACCUACUGUGUCUCUGGACCCAACCAGUGGAGGGACCAGCUCCGGCCCUCCCAGCUCCUCCACCUGUUCUGCCAGCAGCACCGAGUCAAGGCCCCCGUGUACCGGACAGACCGCGUGGUGUUUCAGGAUAAAGAAUACACCAUUGAAGAAAUAGAGGCUGGCAGGGUCCCAAACCCACACCUGGGCCCGGUGGAGGAGCGUCUGGCUUUGCAUGUCCUCCAGCAGCAGGGCCUGAUCCCUGAGCACGUGGAGUCCCGGCCUCUCUACAGCCCCCUGCAGCCAGACAUCGAGCAGGGGAAGCUGCAGAUGUGGGUCGACCUGUUUCCAAAGGCCCUGGGCCGGCCGGGACCUCCCUUCAACAUCACCCCACGGAGAGCCAGAAGGUUUUUCCUGCGUUGUAUUAUCUGGAACACCAAGGAUGUGAUCCUGGAUGAUCUCAGCAUCACCGGGGAGAAGAUGAGCGACAUUUAUGUGAAAGGUUGGAUGGUUGGCUUUGAAGAACACAAGCAAAAGACAGAUGUACAUUAUCGGUCCCUGGGAGGUGAAGGCAACUUUAACUGGAGGUUCGUUUUCCCUUUCGACUACCUGCCAGCUGAGCAAGUCUGCACCGUUUCCAAGAAGGAUGCUUUCUGGAGGCUGGACAAGACAGAGAGCAAGAUCCCCGCACGAGUGAUAUUCCAGAUCUGGGACAACGACAAGUUCUCCUUCGAUGACUUUCUGGGCUCUCUGCAGCUGGACCUUAACCACAUGCCCAAGCCCGCCAAGACAGCCGAGAAGUGCUCCGUGGACCAGCUGGAAGCCACCUUCCACCCAGAGCGGUUCGUGUCUCUUUUUGAACAGAAAACAGUGAAGGGCUGGUGGCCCUGUGUGGCGGAUGAGGGCGAGAAAAAGAUGCUGGCGGGCAAGCUGGAGAUGACCUUGGAGAUUGUAACAGAGAGUGAGCAUGAGGAGCGGCCAGCCGGCCACGGCCGGGAUGAACCUAACAUGAAUCCCAAGCUCGAGGACCCAAGGCGGCCUGACACCUCCUUCCUCUGGUUCACCUCCCCGUACAAGACUAUGAAGUUCAUCCUGUGGCGGCGGUUCCGGUGUGCCAUCAUCCUCUUCCUCAUUCUCUUCAUCUUCCUGCUCUUCUUGGGCAUCUUUGUCUACUCCUUCCCGAACUAUGCUGCCAUGAAGCUGGUGAAGCCCUUCAGCUGAGGACUCCUGGGCCCAGGACUGGCUUCUUCCGCUGCCCCGCUCGGUAGAGCUCCUCCAGAUGUUCAAGCCUGACCGUCCUGCUAGGGUGGGCAGAUGGACUGGCACACGCACCAAGUGUUGGCGACGUCGAGCCCUGGGAUCACCCGCUGUUAUCAUUUCUUUCUCCCCUGAACCGAACCAUUUGGGAUCAGCCCAUGUGUAUUUCAGUAUAAAACAGUUGGAACCACAAA